AUGUCAUUCUUCGGUCCAACCAUAUCUCCCGACGGUUUAUUCGUGACUUAUCAUCCUAUCCAUCCCCCUUCUCAUCCAUGUUCAUGUUAUUACCACGAUACACAAGUCGGAUUCGAUGAUGGUGAUCCUCUACGUCCCGAUCCAGGGACUCCCACACCAUGUCUACCACCACCAGGUCCAUGUCCUAGACCUAGUCCACCUGGAGAUGAGAACCCCAUUUCCCAUUCCCGAGGUAGGCCAGGGAGACCUAUAAGUCCAAGACCAUGUAUACCUCCCCACGGUCCAUGUCCUGGUCCGAUCCCACCUUCCGAGCGGGAGCGCAGCCAUACCUACAACAAUCCUUCAAUUCCUAUAUCUCAUUCAGCUCAACAAGGUCUACCAAUCGCAUAUCCCAACUCUCCUCCAAGGUAUACACCAAACUCACCACCAUUAUACAAACCCCUCCCAUCCCCUAGCGAAGGCACACUUCUGCUAGCUCCUCCACCAAGUUUCCUCGCUUCAACUUGCCCAUAUGUCCAUUCAGCUAAUCCAUCCGAACUACCUACUCAUUCAUGUCCUCACUGUUAUUCUCAUUCCGGUCCCCAGCCACAGACGGCAGAUACGGUGGAUUGGAUGGUAGCGCUAUUGAUCAUCUUGAACCUAUUCGUAUGGGGUGCAGUAGCCUGGGGUUAUAUCUGUGAAUAUACAGAUGGGGAUUUUCAAUGGGGUGAUUUGGUGGGUAGCUGUGUAGGCGGACAAGGUGCUGCGGGAUGGGGGAAGAUCUGUCAGGGAGAGGAAUGUAGAUGGGCUUUCGUAGAUUGUUGA